UGAGGUCGACGUCUUCCGGCGACGGGAUCUCGCGCGGAGGACCGUCGAGCAGAAACAAUGAACGCGACGGAGAAGAAGUUGGCGGACCUGAUCCGCGAACACCCGCACCUGUACGACCCGACGCGGCGGGACUACAAGGACAGCACGAAGGGCCAGCGGUCCUGGAGGGAGAUCGCGGAGGCCAUGGGGAAGCCGGAGGAGGAGGUCAAGCAGAAGUGGAAAAACCUCCGCGACAAGUUCUACAAGGCGAAGAAGCGACUGGUGAGGAGAUGGCGAUGCUUCCCGACGCGGGACGACGACGACGGCGGCGAGACCCCGGCGGCGGAGGAGCGGUACGUCCCGGUGCUUUACAGCGAGCUGGCCUGGCUCAGCGCCUAUGUCAGACCCAGGCUGGAGAGAGGCGCCAAGGAGCCCGACGAGGUAGCUGGAAGUGCAGACGACGGAGAAAGAGCUCCAGAUAAAGAUGAGAAGGCCCAGAUGGGGUCCCUGGCUGUGGUCAGCCAGAGUUUUCUGGAGUCCUGUUCAUCCAGCCAUCAGGAUAUGGGACUCCCACAGAAACGCAAAAGGCAAACGAUGACAGAGACUGAGAUCGGUUCUCCAGAUGCUCUGAGCAGCAUCAGAGAUGAAGACGAACUGUUUCUGCUCAGCCUCCUGCCCUCCAUAAAGAGACUCACUAUGAAGAAGAGAAUGGAGGUGCGGAUGAAAUUCCAGCAAGUGCUUUACGCUGCAGAGUUUGAGGACCAGCAUUAACUCAGCCUGAAAAUCUGUUUUGAGUUUAUAUUUAUUUUUGUAUUGCCAUCACUGUUGAAAUAUAGUAAUAUGUAAUUCUUUAGAAUGUAUUAUUGUCAGAGGUGAAUGUAUAUGAAGAACUAGGUUCCAUGCUGUCACCUCUAGUUCUCAAUGGCCACGGUUACACAAUGUAUUUUAAUUCAGAGUGAAAUAUUCCGGAUUAAAUAGUUACAAACUAAAGUAUUGUUCUUCACGUUUACAUGUGAAUAGUAAUUCUAAAUUAAGGUUUGUAUGAAACCUUAAUAUAAUAACCGGGGCCCCUUGUAUGUUUGUACAAGAAGCCCCGGACUCCGUGUUCCCGGAGCACCCCCC